AUGUACGUCAUGCGAGACUUUGGUGAGAUACGUGUCGGUGGAGGCGAGAAGGUUUCUGGAGGAGCUGUGACGGCUGAUGACCUCGAACGGACGUUGUGUGUGGUGAAGGCCGCUUUAGCUGAGAGGAAGCGCGCAAUGGAUCUCCGUCUCAAUCUUGAAGCUAGAGAGCAGCACUUGAGACUACUACGCGAGGAGAUGAGGAAAGCGAGGCCUCAGGAGAUAAGAAGCGAGAUAGAUCAUGCGAGUCGUGAAGCAAGCCGGUCGGUGGAGCAG